CUCCUCCCACCACUAUGAUCUGGGGCAGUAGUAUACCUCCUACUAUACAGCCUCCCCCCUCCUACGAUGAGGUGAUUAGAGAGAAGAGACAGGAACAGGAUCAAGUGUUGCCUCUCUCCUCGUCUUCCGUCUCCACGACUACCAUCGCCACGCAGACGGACACCGGACCAGAAUCCUCAGUUCCAACCCACAGUCACGCCCCAGUCCAGAGAGGCUCAGUGGCCACCAGAGCUCCAAAGCCUCCCAGACCUUCUUUUCCUUUUAUAUCCAAACCUGAUGACACGCCGUCGCACGUUGAUGACACGACGGGAGCUGCUACUGCUACUGUCGACCCUGUCCUCUUCCUAGAAGACAGUCCGGCACUACACACACACACUCCGACCAGCACACACACCGAGAACACCAGACCAGCAGCGUUUCACAGUGAUCUCUUGACCUCUGAUUCUUUCUCAGCUCUGACCUUUGCCUCUGGCAGCCAGACCGACCAAUGGGUGCAGUCCUCCUCGGUCCCACCCCCUCAUUCCACUGUUGCCUUGACAACUCCCUCCUCCCCUCCUCCGCUUCAUACCCGGCCCAGGCCACACCCUCGCACMAAGAAUAGCCUUCGACCAAUCAGGCGAGAGGUCAAGGUUCAGACCCUGGUGAGGCUGGGACAGACAGAAAGUGAGGUCACAGAGAACCAGGAAGUGAGUUAUCAGGAGGGGAAGUACUUUCAGGAGCUCCUAGACGCCUUCAGCUCUGACGAUUGGGGCUUCCCUGAUCACCAUAGCAACGAKAACAGAGAGAGCGAAUCGGGAGAAGAAGAAGAAGAAGAGGAGGAAGAUAUGAGUACUCUGAGAGCCAGGAUACAAGCCUUCGAGCAGCAGCAACAGGCAGAGGACCACGGUAGCCAUGGAGACAACGGCACGUUGCUAGGGCGGGGGAGACCUGAACCCCGUCACCGAGUCCAGGCCCCGUCCAAACCGGCCCCUCCCAUCGCCCCCAAACCCUCCCUCGCCACCAAGACAUCCUGCAAAGGAGUCUGGCAAGGCGGAGGCUCGGUGGCGAUCGCCGUGAACUUGACUGUUGAUACAACCACCGCAAGCCCAAACCCAUGACCCCUCUCCCCAAACCCAGUGACCCCUCUCCCAAACCCAGUGACCCCUCUCCCAAGCCCAGUGACCCUCUCCCAAGCCCAG